CAGUCGGUGUUGAUGUUUAGUAUGCAUUUCGUUACCGUUCAGCCCGCCUCUCUACAUCUGUUACUCGGAUCGUUCGUGAUGUGAAAACGUAUAAUUUCCCGGAUUUUCUACGUUUUGUUUGAUUGAAACCAUUCCAGAACAAGGUAAAACAUUAUUUCUGGACCUACUGAACGCAUUUAGAGACGAGAAGUGGUAAACAAAUCGGUUUGUUGAUAGUGCGCGAUAGUUGUGUUGUCGUUUUCUCUCAGAAUUACAAUUCGGUUGUGCAACACGUUGACAUUAAUUUUGACGAGGUACGCGGGUGACAUAUUCACACACUACACCGUAAAUGGCUUUGGAAAGUGUUUUUUGGAUUAUUAUUACCACGUAUACGGAGUCGCCGGUGUGAAUGUGGAAUGAGGAAUCGGAGGCCGUGGACCACGUGGGCGUGGGCCAUGGCGUGGAGUGCCUGGGAGGGCGCCCUCACCAGCCGGCCGGGCCCUUCCACUACCUCAUCAGCGAGCAGGCCAAGUCGCUCGUGGCGCUGCAGGAGUUGCAGAACGAGGUCGGCGCGUUGCUUGAGUUCCGCGACCUCGUCAUGGACACCUUUCCCAAUCUGCGAUCCAAACUUCACCAGCAGCAGUCGGCAAAUUCCACGCCGGCCACCAUGACAGGCCACCAUCACCACUCCAACAUUCCCAUUUCCAUCAGGCCGGGGGACUGGACGCCCGGCAUCCGGGUGCGCAAGAAAUUGGGCGUCGGUUCGGGCGCCGGAAAGGACAAGAAACUGAGCGGCGACUCGGCCGCGGGUUCUUCCACUUCCGCCGUCCAGGACUCGGGGUUCAGCACGGAGGCGUCCAGCAAGGAGACGCACAGCGCGUCGUCCACGGCGCCGCCUACGUCUACUUCCGCCACAGGCACCAGUGAGACUGACGAUACCGAAGACGAGCUGUGGAACCUUUUAGAUGUAAUCCAUAGGAAAGGGACCCGGUUAAAAGAUGAGGUGGAGGCGUUGCAGGGCACGCUCAGGGACCAGACGCCGUUCGGCGAGGCGGGCAACUUUCAAAGGGCCCUGUUUCACAGUUCGGCCGACGAUAUUAGGCAACUGCGCCAGGAAAGGGACCUCCUCCUCGACAGGUUGGCCGAAAUGGAAGCGGAAGUGCUGGCCGGGCGACUCCACACCUCUCGCCUGCAAGAGGACCUGGAAAACCUGCUGUGCGCCAAGCACGACCUGGAGGAACAGCUCAAGGCGAUCGUGUCGCAGCGGGGGGAGGUCAAUUCGCGCAUCCACGACCUCCACCUGCAGUUCGUGGCGAAGAGCGCGAGUGAUGAAAAAUUGAAACUGUUGAGCGGUGGUGGCGCGGCCAAAGAUUCUAGUCAAGUGUCGAAGGGUGGUAGCGGGACGACGGGGCAGGAACGGCGGAGGUAUUCCGCCGGGACGCUGGACGUGGUUCUGGGGAAUUUUGUGCCGAAAGUGACGACGCCGGACCGGAGGAGAAUAGCGGCCAUUUUGAAGGAGCACGAUCCGUUGGUGUUGCAGAAGCAUCUGUUGGUGUCUACCGUUCAGAACCAGGUUCUUAGACAGCAACUAGAUUCAGCUGAAGGAAUGGAAGUCACACUUAGUCAAAAAUUAGAUAAAGCAAGAGAAGAGAAUGAUGAUUUACGAUUUCAAUUGGAAGAUAGGACAAUUGAACUAGAAGGAACCAAAGCACGCGUAAGACUUUUAGAAGAUCUCCAUAAACCUAACCUUAACAAAAGUAAUUCGCCGGAUAUAAUUCCUGAUUUAAGUAGUUCACAGGAUCACCGGCCACUUUCAAGGACUGAGAUAAGUACGGCAAGUAUGAAAGCUAUGAGUCCGAUACCAAUGACGUUGCAACUAGAUCACAGUAGUAGUACGGAAUCAGCUCAAGAUCAAGCGGAAAGCAAUCGAAGUAAAGACGGUAGCGGUUCAAAGAGAAGGCCCAGCAAGAUUCCGUUAAAAAGUUACACGCCUCCCAAGCCAUUAGGAGGUAAACAUAGUCCCGCACCGCGCAGCCGCAGCGGCGACUCACCUCACCGAUCGCACUCCGCGCACUCCUGGAGGAACCGAAGUGCCGGUAACGACAACAGUCUGAAGAACUCGCUGCCCAAGUCCCGCAACAGUUCGCUCGUCAGCGCCAGGGAUUCGCUGUCCAACAAGCUGCGCAGUACGGAGUCGGUGGUGUCGAAAGGUUCUGCGCAGAACACGCUGAAGAAGACGUCGUCCUCGGCCUCGUCCACGGCGGCCAAGUGGGGAUCGUCGCCGAAGGAUGAAAAGGUUCAACAUUCAACGUCGGCAAGCGAAAAAUUUCAAUCUCCAUGGAUUCUCUCUUCAUAUAAGACCCAACCCUUGGACGAUUAUCCGGAUUCCCUGAUGGAAAAGAGCAGUUCGAUACAACAAACCACCACCGACUCUGAAAGCCACAGAUUCCAGACGGCCAACACCUUUCUGUGGCAAACCAGAAACGAUUUUUACGACAGCAUCGAUAGCAACAUGGUUUCUUCCAAUUGCUUUUAUCGUUCUAACGGUGAAGAUUUGGCUGAGUGCGAUUCCUUAGAGAAGCAGUUCUCCUCUUUGUCGUUGGAAAAAAAGUAAUUUUCAUUUUGGUUGCUGCGUUAUGGUUCCUGCUCCGUACAUUGUAUGGCCAUUGAUAAAAUUGUCUUAGAUCAUAUAAACUAAUGUUACUGUUUACUAACUUAGAUACAAAAAAUUAUACACAAAAUUUCAUGUCAGAUAUUACAUUUACAAAGUAGAAGUAUACUAUUCAUUUUACAGCAAUGAUGCAUUUUUAUAUAAAUUUAUGUUGUCAGUCUUUUAGAAAAGGUUUUACUCUACUUAAAUUUUUACAGGUGUUUAAAGAAAUAUGGUACAGGGUGCUCAUAAAAAUAUGAUAUGAUAAAAUUCAUUUUAUACCACUCCUAAUAAUAUCAAAAGGAAGAUGAUCAAGAAUAAAAAUUAUUUUGAAAACUUGCUCUGCUCUCCAGGUGAGAAGAGGCCUCGUCCAUUUUGGUUGAAAUCAUACGGUAUCCCCGUUAUUAGUAAAGAUAGGAGGAGGCGAUUUGCACAAACCUGGUCCCCCUUUUUUGGCAAACAAGUUUUGAUAUAUUACGUACUACAAAAAUUCCCAAAAUCAGAAAUCGAGAACGGACAAAUCCGGGAAUCAGGGAGGCCAUCAUAUGGGUUCAUUGGUAUUCAUUGGCUUGAAAAAUAAUAAUUUAACAAAAUUCUAAUAAUUUUAAAGAUGAUGAGGAGGAACCCCAAUUUGCUGAAAGUAUAUUUCACGGAAAUUAGUUAAAGGAAUAUCGAAAAGUUCUGGUACAAAGAGAAGUUUCCCUAAUAUAUAAAGAAUUUAUUAGUGGCUCCAAAAAUAAAACAAGAAACAUAUAGCAGUAUAAUUUUAAUAAUUCUUUAGUUUUUUUUAUUAUC